GCAACGUUCUCAACGCUUGACGUAACCAGUACAGGAAGUUCUCAUUACUUGACAGAUAGUUGACUUUCUGUCGAAUUUCUGUUUUAUAAACCGUUCAUUUUCGCUUAAUCUGAUACCGAGUAAUAAAUAUGUAAUAUAUCGCGACUUUUUUAUUCAUCUUUUCAGCCAUCGCGCUAACUAUAGUUAAAUGCAGUGUUCUUUUGGUGAUCAUCGGUUAGUAAGGUGAAGAGAUGUCGUGCACACUGGAGAAGGUGUUGGGCGACGCUCGCACGCUACUGGAUCGGCUAAAGGAGCACGACACGGCCGCGGAGACCCUGAUCGAGCAGUCGAGCGCUCUCAGUCAGAAGGUCCACAGCAUGAAAGUGGUGGGAAAUGCUCUCCCUGACAAGUAUAUGGAGGAGAGCAUGCAGUAUCAGGAGCUAUCCAGAUACAAACCUCAUGUUCUGCUGACCCAGGAGAACACUCAAAUCAAAGAUCUUCAGCAGGAGAACCGAGAACUGUGUGUCUCACUGGAAGAGCAUCAGUAUGCUCUUGAGUUAAUCAUGGGCCGAUACCGGAAACAGAUGCUUCAGAUGAUGAUGGAGAAGAAGGAGCUGGAUACCCGACCUGUGCUUACCCUUCACCAGGAUCAUGCCAAGGAGGUUCAAAGCCAGCUGGAGCGAAUCUGUGAAAUGGGUCAAGUUAUGCGUCGAGCUGUACAGAUGGAUGACCAACGUUUCUGCUCGGUUAAAGAGAGACUGGCACAGCUUGAAAUUGAAAACAAGGAGCUUCGGGGUCUACUGUCGAUUAGUAACACUUCUGUGAGGCCACAGAGAGAGGAGACAAACCCACCUGAGACGGCUAGACCCAAGACCCCCGAGUCCAAUUAGAGGAAAUGUUAUUUAUUUUAUAUGGCUAGAGUCGAGUGCGUUUGUAUAUUUCUACAGUAUGUCAGGUGUCAUCUGUUUCAGCUGUGGUUCAGCUCCCUGCUGUCCAACGGUGCACUUUGGAUGUUUAUUAUAAAUAUUUAAGCUUUUGUUCAGGAAAGGGUUUUCACUUCUUGAAUGUCACUUAUAGACUUUUACAUUAGACAAAUGUAUAUUAUAGGUAGAAAAAUGCCUCUAUUUUGAUUUUACAUUUUGAUUUUAAACAGAUUCGUAGGUUUAGGAGGUUUGUAGAUAUUUUGUUUUGAGUCUGUUUUAAGUAGAACCUGUUUUAGGAUUAAAUAUGUCCUGAAAUAAAUCUGUAUAUGUGAAUACAUAUUGUUGACAGACCUAACUAACCUCAGCAUAGUAUGAGUAUGAAUGUGGUAAGUUUUAGCAGUUUUAUUGCAUCUUUAAACAAUGUGAUGUGAUAAACAUCCUGUUACACAGAUAAAAUGCCUGCAGUUUAGAAUCCUCUUACGAUUUCCUCUUGAUAUUUGCCUCGGUCCUUUUAUUGUAAAUUGGUGUAAUUUCAUCUCAGGAAAGCAGUCAUGUUUUGCAUCACAGUCGCUGUAUGCAUCACAGUUCUUAUUUUGUAUCACUUAAUAUGUAAAAUAAAAUAGAAAUAUUAAAGUUAAAA